UAAUGCCCUCCAGAUACCCUUGUUUUUUUCUCUCCAUUGAGUUGGAGGUGUGCUUUCAGGAAAACUGUUUACAUUCCCUGAACCUGAACAUCUCUCUUUCUCUCUCUCUCUCUCUCUCUCUCUCUCUCUCUCUCUCUCUCUCCCUCUCUCUCUCUUUCUAUCUUUCUCUUUCUCUCUCUCUUUCUCUCUCUCUCUCUCGUAAUAUCGAAACUGAAAGAGUCUCCCACAAGAAAACGGACGAACAAACGCAUCGAUCACGGAAACUCAGCAGAGCUCAAGCGGCGUAACGCAAUCAGAGGAAAGUGCUUCCUGCCUUUUUUAUCAUCAGCCAUGAAAAAGCAGGUCUGCAGCCGAACAGCAGAACAAGAUGAAUUUACAGAGAAGCCCAGCAGAAGCUCCGGCAAAUCAGAGGCAGAAAGAUCGAACUCUCCGGCUCCCAGCUUUGUGUCCAUGAAGAGCGAUGCGUCCAUAGAUUUUCUUCACGAGUUCAGUCGAGGAGAAAAGAACAAAGCAUCCAGUGUGGGAGGAGAAAAACCAGCGUCACUGAGCUACGACUCUGUGGCAGAAAGAUCGAACUCUCCGGCUCCCAGCUUUGUGUCCAUGAAGAGCGAUGAGUCCAUGAAAAUUCUUCACGAGUUCAGUCGAGGAGAAAAGAACAAAACAUACAGUGAAAAACCAGCGUCACUGAGCUACGACUUUGUGGUGAGUGAAAAGUCAUCAGAACUCCACCAGCACCAUGAGGAACCUCCAUGGGACGCAGAUCCGGUCACAUCUCAAGAGAGGAAACUCUGCCUACAGCACCACACGCCUCUGGAGAUUUACUGCAGGACGGACCAGACGCUGAUCUGCAAACAGUGUGCGACUGUGGAGCAUCGAGGACACGACAAAACUUACGAAGCAGGCGCCAGGGUGCUGCUGGAGCUCGAACCGUUGUCAUUACUUGAGCAAACGCUAAACAACAUAGAUACGAACAUGUUCAUGGUGUAUCUGUGCCAAAAUUACCCAGAAUGCUUCGAGACCCCUCAGAUGACUGAUAUCCAGGAAACAGCUAAGCUCAUUCUGAAGAGAUUUGGUCUAGACGGAGCUCCAAAGAUUGCUCUGAAGGUCAUGUUGGAGUUAGGGAAAAGUCAUAGAACCGUCCAAGAUCGGCUGAAAUCUAAACUACAGAGUCAUCUCCGAUCCAAAUUCCAGUGUAUCAGGGAAGGAAAUGCUCAGCGGAAUCCUAUUCUCCUGAACGACAUCUUCACAGAGCUUCUCAUUACAGAAGGAGGCGAUGGAGCCAUCAAUGAAGAGCACGAGAUCAGACAAAUUGAGGAUGCAUGCAAGAACAAGGGAAUGGAAGAGAUUGUGAUCAAAUGCAACGAUAUAUUUCAGCCUUUACCUGGAUGCAACAAACGCAUCAGGACCGUCCUGACCAAGGGCAUCGCUGGAUCGGGAAAACCCUCCGUACACAAAUUCAUCUUGGACUGGGCAGAAGGAAAAGCCAAUCAGGAUAUAAAUUACAUCUUCCCGCUUCCUUUCCGUGACCUGAAUUUGAAAGCAAACGGCCAAUACAGUGUGAUGCAGCUUCUUCAUCAGUAUUUCCCAGAACUUAAAGAACUCAAAACUAUACGGAGCGAAGAAGUGAAAACCGUGUUCAUCUUUGACGGCCUCGACGAGUGCCGUCUUCGCCUGGAUUUCAGGAACAACGAAAUGUGUUGUGACUUAACCAAGAAGAUUCCGGUAAAUGCUCUGCUAACAAACCUCAUUCAGGGAAAUCUACUUCCAUCUGCUCUUUUUUGGGUCACCUCUCGACCUGCGGCGGCCAAUCAGAUCCCUCCGGAGUGCGUCGACCAAGUUACCGAGGUCCGAGGAUUUAACGACUCUGACAAAGAGAACUACUUCCGAAAAAGGUUCAGCGACCAAGGGCUUGCCGAAAAAAUCAUCAAACACAUCAAGUCCUCGCGGAGCCUCCACAUCAUGUGCCACAUCCCGGUCUUCUGCUGGAUUUCUGCAACAGUUUUGGAGAAGAUGUUGGACAAGUCAGACAUGGAAGUACCCAAAACUCUGACCCAGAUGUACACCCACUUUCUUCUCAUUCAGACACAUUUGAAAAACAAGAAAUACCAUGGAGUGAUUCAGGACAACAUGGAACUCCUGGAAUCAGACAAAGAGAUGCUCUUUAAACUGUCCAAGCUGGCCUUUCGCCAGUUAGAAAAACAAAAUCUGAUUUUCUAUAAAACCGAUUUGACCGAAUGUGACAUUGAUGUUAGCAAGGCAACCGAAUACUCUGCAAUUUGCACAGAAAUUUUCAAAGAAGAGUUUGGAUUGUACCGCGAGAAGGUCUUCUGCUUUGUACAUCUGAGCAUUCAGGAGCACUUGGCUGCUCUCCAUGCACAGCUUAACUUUACAAACAGCCGCAUUAACAUACUUCAGGAAGACACAGAGAAUCACAGCAAACCGGUGAAGAUGUCCGAUUUGCACAAGAGCGCUGUGGAUAGAGCGUUAAAGAGUAAGAACGGACACUUUGACCUUUUCCUGCGAUUUCUUCUUGGCCUCUCCCUCGAUUCCAAUCAGGCUCUUUUGAGAAGUCUGCUGCCAAAACCGUGCUCGGAAAGUUUGGAGGAAACGGUGAACUACAUAAAGGAGAAGAUCAGAAAGGAGUCGUCUGCAGAAAGGACCAUCAACCUGUUCCACUGCCUAAAUGAACUGAAUUACAACUCACUGGUGGAAGAAAUUCAUAAUUUCCUUAGAUCAGGCCAGCAGUCGGAGAAGGAGCUGCAGCCUGACCAGUGCUCAGCUUUGGCCUAUGUGCUGCUAACAUCAGAGAAUGUAAUGAACGAAUUUGACUUGAAGAUGUGUAACACGUCUCCUGAAGGAUAUCGGAGACUCUUACCAGUUGUCAAGACCUCGAGAAAAGCCAGUCUUGCUGGUGUCAACCUCACAGAUGAAUCCUGCGAGACCCUGGCUUCGAUCCUCCAGUCUGCUAACUCGCACCUAGUAGAACUGGACCUGAGCUUUAACAGUUUGGGAGAUUUAGGAGUGAAACUUCUGUGUACCGGUCUCAUGAAUCCACAGAGCAAACUGGAGAAACUGACUCUCAGUCACAACGAGCUCGAACACAUCGGGGUGAAGCUGCUAUGCGAUUGUCUGAUGAGUCCGCACUGUAAACUGCAGACGCUCGGUUUGGCUGGUACAAACUUCUCAUCACAAUCAUGUGAAAUAAUGGCCUCAGUUUUCCAGUCUGCUCACUCGCACCUGAAAGAGCUCGACCUCGGCUCUAAUAAUGACAUAAAAGACUCCGGAGUGAAGCUUCUCUCUGCUGGACUGAUCAGUGUGCAGUGUAAACUUGAGAAACUCAGGCUGGACAGAUGUGACCUCAGCCACGAAUCAUGCGAAGCCUUGAAAACUGCCCUCCAGUCGCCAAACUCAUGCUUAAACCAGCUGGAUCUCAGCUACAACAAGCUAGAAGACUCUGGAGUGCAACAUCUGUGUGAUGGACUAAUACAUCCAAACUGUAAGCUGGAGCUACUGGAUCUGAGCUACAACAACCUGGGCCACUCGGGAAUAAAACUUCUUUCCAGUGGACUGAUGAAUGCAGACUGUAAACUCAGGAGUAUAAGACUUGCUGAUAUCGGAAUUCAGGAGGAGACGUGUGAAACUCUGGCUUUGGUGCUACAGUCAGAAAACCCACACCUCAGAGAGCUUGAUCUCAGUAACAAUUACAUUGGAGAUUUAGGAGUGGAGCUGCUUUGUGUUGGAUUAAUCAGCCCAAAGUGCUCCCUCGAAAAACUCAGUCUGCGAUGGUGUAAUCUCACAGAGAGGUCGUGUACAAACCUGGCCUCGGUGCUGAGUUCCCACAGUCGUCUGACAGAACUGGAGCUGAGAGACAACGAUGUAAAAGAUUCAGGGCUGAAGCUGCUUUGUGUUGGUCUUCAGGGUCCAGGAUGCUCGCUGCAGAAACUGGGUCUUUCAGGCUGUUGUGUAACAGAAGAUGGAUGUGCUGCUCUAGCUUUGGCUUUGAGCUCAGAUCACUCGAAGCUCAGAGAGAUAGACCUCAGCUACAAUCAUCCAGGAGAGUCUGGAGUGAGACAGCUGUCUGCUGUACGAGAUAAUCCACACUUUCACCUGGAGAAACUGAGCGUGGAGCACAUCGGCACAUGCAGGAUCAAACUAGGACUAAAGAAAUACGCCUGUGAGAUCACUCUUGACCCAAAUACAGCACAUAGAACUAUGACGCUAAGUGGGAAUAAAAAGGUGACAAGGACUCGCAGUCAGCAUCCAUACCCGGACCAUCCAGACAGAUUCGAGUACUACGCCCAGAUUUUGUGCAAUGAGUCCCUGAGCGGCGCUCGCUUCUACUGGGAAACGGAGUGGACUGGCAAUAACGUCUACAAUGGAGUAACUUACAAAGGUAUCAACAAAAAAGGUCGCAGCAAUGACUGCAAACUCGGGAUGAAUAAUAUCUCCUGGAUUUUGUUCUGUUCAAACAACUAUGGUUAUUAUGCUGGUUAUAAUAACAAGGAGACAGUGGUAUCUCCUCCACCCAACCCCUCCAGAAGAAUGGGGAUCUAUUUAGACUGGGAGGCUGGUACACUUUCGUAUUUUAUCAUCUCGUCUGACAGGGUGUAUCACUCAUACACAUUUCACACAAGAUUCACCGAGCCCCUGUAUCCAGGUUUCCGGGUUGAUGACACUGUGACGCUGUGUGAACUGGGAUAAAAUUUUAAAAAGGGUAUUUUUAAUUUUUAUGGAAAUGAUGUUAAAACAUGAUCUUAUUUUCAGGGCCAUUUGUGCUGUAAGUGGUAUAAGUGGUCGCUGACUAAAGUGCGUUUUUUUGACAAUUAUUUUAUAUUUUUAUAUUAUACAUGCAUAUAUAAUAUUGCCAUCAGAACGGCGAGUUCUUUUGUCAUUGUUCACAAAUAAGACCAUCAAAAUGUUUGGUCAUGUUUUCAGUAUUAUGGCGGUUUCAGUAUUUCAUUAUACAAACGUCUGUAUAUCACCUAUGAAUUUUAACAGCACACGUUCAUUUAUUUGAAUGCCUUUUUUAUUUAUAUUGAUUGCAAAACAUUUUUACUGUACACUAAUAGUGUUCGUUCGUUUCUUAGUUGUUCAUCCAUUUUCAGAAUGUAUAAUUCUGUGUUUUGCUCUGUUUUCACUCUUCAUUUCAAUUUUCACCAAAUUCACCUUCAACUGUUUUACAGAACUGGUUGAUUAUUGGUUGAUCUGAUGCCAUACACUCAACUUCAUUAGUCACUUUUAAGAUUCAUCUGCACAAUUCAUUAAUUAAACACAUUUACAAAAAGUUUAAUAUAAAUUUUUGAUGACAGAUGAUGACAUUCAGUAACUUAUACAAUGACCUGAUGCCUAAAUGUUUUGCAGGCUAAAACUGUGCGGGUAAAACCAGUAUAAUAUAAUUAAUAAACAUGAUAUAAAACAAUUGAUAAUGUAGAAAACAGCAGACACUCGUACACAAUCAAUUAAAUUAAUGUACCAAAGCAGUCGCUGUUUGAUCAAAUCAACAAGAAAUGUUUUUAUGAUUAGCACAAGUGACAUAAUGUGGAGGUUUAAACAAGUAAUUUUGAGAAUUUUAUUUCUGAUCUGAGAAACGCUCCAAAGCGACUGAGACAAGCUGCAAUCUUGAACUUUAUUUUUAAUACAUAUUUAAAUUUCUGCUUAUUUAUUUGUUAAUUAUAUUUUUGUAUUUCAUUUAUGUAGUUCUAGAUGUUGUUUUUAUUAUAUUAUUUAUUAUUGUUUUUCACUGUAAUGAAGUAUUAAUUGUUGCACAGUAAUUAAAAAAGCCACUUGAAUGAUCAGUUUUA